GAUCUCGAGACCCUGCUGCAUCUUUCUACCCGCGCGGCCAACCGCCAUGGACCUCUUGCCCAAGAGCAACGCCGAGUACGGCACCCAGGAGUACUGGGACGCGCGCUACGCCCAGGAGGAGGACGGCGCCUCGUUCGACUGGUGCAAGCAGUACAAGGACGAGGAGGUUCGUCGCCUCUUCCGGAGGUUCAUCCCGGACCAGGCGGCCCGCAUCGUCAUGCUCGGGUGCGGCAACUCGACACUCUCUCGCGACAUGUACGACGACGGCUACCGCAACAUCUUCAACGUCGACUACUCGGCCGUCGUCAUCGACAAGAUGAAGCGCGCCAACGAGGGCUGCGACGGCAUGACCUGGACGGUCGGCGACGUGCGCAAGCUGCCGUUCGAGCGCGAGAGUGUCGACGUGUGCAUCGACAAGGCGACACUCGACGCCAUGUUGACCGGCGAGAAGGACCCGUGGAAUCCUCCACCCGAAGCAGUCGCCGAUUGUCGAGCCGAGGUCGACGAGGUUGUGCGCGUGCUCAAGCCCGACGGCGUCUUUCUCUACCUCACGUUCGGCCAGCCUCACUUCCGCCGCCCGCUCCUCCAGCGCGACGGCUGGACCCUGCGACACCUCGAGGUCGGGUCCGGGUUCGCCUACUACUGGUUCUGGAUGCAGCGCGAGGGCGUGGAGCGACGAGAGGCGGACGUCGAGGCGCUCGAGCCGCGGCGGAACGGCGAGGAGGCGGCAGCGGCAGCGACGGGCGCGGGAGCGUAGAGCAGCAUCGGGUGCGCGAGGAAUAGAAAGGUGGUCUUGGCAACACGGCGACGAGCUCUACACAUCGCGGCC